AUGACGUUUCUCGUUAAACCACUCCCGGAUGUCUCCCAUCGUUAUCGACGCUCAAACACGCCCACCAUCAGCACACCGCUCCCUUUCCCGCCGUCGUAUUACGAUCAAAAAAUCUCCACUCCCGUACUGAGUCCUCCCCCUGUACCCACGGACCUCGUCAAUCCAGAUUAUUCGCAACAUUCCUCUUACCCUGCACCUCCGCACCCCGGCGCCGCCGUUGUUCAACAUACCCAGAAUCCCUAUUAUCUUCCCAACCCUGUACCGCCCCCACUGGAAGACCACCCCGCCUAUCGAGUUACCAACCACUCUACGAUCAGCAGCAACCGGAACAGCAGGUACAAUGACUGCGACAAAAAGGGCCGAAGACGCCACACCUUUAUCCCAUAUAGCCCUUCGGAUUAUGACAUCUCAAGAUUAUCUGUUCUGUCCACACCACACCUUCCUCCAACCCCUCCCAACUCUCCGCCCUUGUCGCCAUCUCUCUCCCCCGCCUCUUCACACACUCGAUCUACUACUUCCGCCUGGGUAUCGCCAGUACAACCCGUUCAGCAGCACGGAUAUUUCCCCAAAUGGCAUCGUCACCUUCUCGUGCAAGACAGAGGCCAGCGUACCUCCGGAGCCUCCACCCAUGCUAGCCUCAACAGCGACACCGAUCUAGACCACAGUUCUAGUGGAUCUGCUGAUCUUUCCGACAUUCUUUCUGGAAAGCUUAACGAGGUUAUUACCUCCAUUGACGGGCAGGAGUUUAGCGGCAUGGAAAGAGAUUUGCGUGUUCAAUAUAGCCAAACCCAACCGUCACUCCGUGGCGGAGAAUCCUCCCUCAGUUCUGGCGGUGCCCGGCCGUUCCAUGCGCGAAAACGCCGCACGAGUCCCCCGUCAAGUAUCAACUACUUCUCAAAGGUGUAUCACUACGCAAACUCCCGGUUACCGGAUUGUCUCACGCCUCUACGAUUGUAUAUUCCUACAUACCCACUCCUCUGUCUAGCAGCCCGCUUCUCUCAACGAGCCUACAGCAAACCUACCGGGGCCGAGCGCGAAACCCGAGUCGAGGCUGACUGGCACCUCGGUACGAAAGCAAUGGUCAUAAAAUCUGAACUGGUCGACAACAUGAACGUUAUUGUGUUCGCCGUUCGCGGCACACACACCUUUCGUGACUGGGCCACAAAUGUAAAAUCCGACCCCACUGCUCCAGACAACUUCCUUGACGAUUAUAGCAAUCUGUGCCAUGCCGGCUUCCUCUCCGUCGCGCGGCGCAUGGUCAAACCUGUAGCCGCGCGACUGCAGCAGAUCCUAGAUGAGAACCCUUCGCGCAUCUCAUGCUCACUUGUGAUCACGGGCCACUCUGCGGGGGGAGCUAUCGCCAGUCUAUUAUACAUGCACAUGCUGUCCGAGACGGUAAAGACGGACCUGGUGCGUAUGCGAGACUAUUUCAAGCGCGUGCACUGCAUCACAUUCGGUGCGCCCCCAGUGUCAUUGUGGCCGUUGCAAAAACCCACCGGGCCCGGGCGUGAGCGGUUCCAGAAGUGGCUGUUCUUCUCAUUCGUCAACGAAGGUGACCCCGUUCCCCGCGCGGAUAAAGCAUACGUCUGCUCUCUCGUGGACCUUUAUGUCUCUCCCGCACCUCCUCUCCCCUCACUCUCUUCCUCCGCGGGAGGCAACACAACCCGACAGUCGACUUCGACAAGUUUACAACAAAAGUUUCAUCUAUUUGGAGGUGGCAAGAAACGUGAUAAUAAUGCUAAGCGGAAAGACCACCACCUGAUACCAACUGUGGUAUGGAAGACGCCGCCAGCAUUGCUCUACGUAGCGGGUAAUGUGAUUCUACUCAGAGGUCCCCACAGGGAACAACAGGAACAUCGAGCACAUGGCAAGGAUCAUGCGGAGGCCUUUCUUAUGAAAAACGAUGAUUUGCAGAAUGUAGUGUUUGGGGACCCUAUGAUGCAUGUGAUGGAGUUGUAUGAGCGUCGGAUUGAGAUUUUGGCAACGAAUGCAGUGACAGCGCGGUUUUCGCUGCAAUGA